AUGGGUGGAGGCAUAAAGGGGUGGAGUGUUGGUCAUUUGUAUAACGCCAGUAGAGUGGCGUCAGCACACGUACGCGAAACAUCCAACGAAGAUGUGCAGCGGCAUGUAAACGAUGCCAGUAAUGAUUUGAUGGAAGAUCUACCCGUUUUCGAGCCGACAGCAGCGAAUGUCAGUGCAUUUGUGGGACAAACUGCAUAUCUACCGUGCCGUGUGCGAAAUUUGGGCGAUAAAGUAGUUUCCUGGAUGAGAAGUAGAGACCUCCAUAUCCUCACCUCGGGAGAUUUUUCGUUCAGCUCGGAUGCACGAUUCGGACCCCAGCACACCCCAGGCAGCGACGCCUGGACUCUCAGGCUGGAUAACGCCAGAAAGACGGAUUCUGGCAAGUACGAGUGCCAGGUCAAUACGGAACCGAAGAUCAUGUAUGCAGUGCAGCUCUCUGUACGAGAUCCGGAUAAACCGGAGGGCUAUGACGAGCCGCAUUCUCAACAGACACGUAUAAGCUACGAGAGUACAGCGCCAGUGGCAGACAUAAUGGGUCCCCGGGAGCAAAGGGUGCCAUCGGGCUCGACGAUCACCCUGAGGUGCGUCAUAUCGUCGCCGUAUCAGACCCGGCCCAUCAGGGGUGUACAAUGGCUUCGGGAUAACAAACUCCUAACAUUCCAGGCAGCGCGCGGAGGAAUAAAUGUAGAGACUGAAAAGGAUGCAGCACGUACGGUAUCUGUGUUGACUUUGGCGGCGGUGACUCAAGAUGACGUCGGGAACUAUUCAUGCAGGCCGACGGAGGGUCGAUCAGCCACUGUCACCUUAGGCGUUGAGGAAGGAGAACGCACGGAAGCCAUGCAACGUGACGCCGGAUACAUCUCUUCCGGAAGUGACGUCAGGCACUGGCCCGGACUUCUGCUUCCGUUUUCGUGGUUUCUAAUACUCGCGCGCAACAGCCAAACUUUCUUGCUCUAGUGCACACCCGACAGUAUUUCACGCUUAUUUCUUGCCGUUUCCAACACUGAAAUGUACCUAAAAUGCGACCAAGCCAAUUUAGAUCGUGAAAGAUGAACUUUUGUAGAUUUUAAGAACAUAUUUAUAAAUCGUUUUAUAUGAUAUUCCAGGCAAAGAAAUUAUGCAGUUCACGAAUUGAUUGCGAUAAGAGUCAUCUGAAGCCAUCUAUAUCAACAAUAGUAUUUUCAACAAUAAUUAGAAAUAUGUACAAAAGUAGAAUAAUGGAGAACUUGAAUCUAGUUUGGGAAAUAUUUUAAAAACGUUUUACAGGUCGUAGAGUACAAUCAUGGUCGAUAGAUUAGAUCAACAGUUAAAUAUAAUUACUUAGUGCAUAUAACAAUCGAGGAGAAUAAUAUGGAAUAUUAUUUAUGUAACAUUUGUCUGUCUAUCUUUUAUAGAUAACAAAAAAAUUGAUAAAAGAUACUUAUAAUCGGGUAGUUCGUAAAGAAUAUAUGUAUAUGAAGAUUAUGAAUUUGUCUGUAAUUGAGAAGUUGAUUACAGCAAGAUAAAUAGAUUCUGUGACGGGUUCUGGUAGAUAUUUAUUAUAGAUAACAAUUAAGCAAAUAUUUGCUGCAAUAAAGUAAUUUUAUAUGAGAAAGAAAAUAAACACGCAUAAAACUUCACAUAUAAAACUCAAUAUUUUUUACAAAAAUGCAUAUGUAGCAAAAACAACUCUG